AUGUACAGAGAGCAGUCCUUCGCAUCUACUCAGACCGGAACCGGAAGUUGGACAACCACCGAAACAUUUAGCUCAGAGCACUCCAAGACAUGGAACGUCGCCACCCGGGACUACAAACUCAAGAUGAUGGUGAAGAGCUUCUUGCAAGCUAAUGGCUUCAUGCACAUCAACGAACCGCAGCACGCCUGGGGCCGCACCCGUUAUCCCUUGCAUAUGGCCGUCUCUCAGAACAAGCCCACGGUCGUCAAAGCACUGCUGCGGCUUGGAGCGCGCCUCAAUGUGAAGACCCGACGCGGUCUCACUCCAGAGGACUUGGCAAGACGCAACGGCUUCGAAGAAGUCCUGCGCAUUUUAGAGCAAGCAACGCUUCAAAAGGAAAGCACGUUUGACAGUGCGGAGGCGCCUCAAAGCGCCCGUACCACCCGGACCAUCCAAAUGUGA